GGCAGGAGGAGGACGAUGGCUCAGCAGCGCUGGGUGCGCCUCUCGGCCGAGAAGGCGAGCAGCACCGUGUGCGUGCUGGGCACCGAGCUCUCCCUCGACGUCUCCGGGUCAGCCCCUGUGGGUGCCACAGCCUUCGACAUCUGGGGGACAGCAGGAGUCAACCUCUAUAUUGUCCACAAUGGAGAAAAUUUGAAGAUACCUUCUUGUGUGCCCAGGUGGCCCUUAGAGGCCAACAUAGAGGCAGUAAUAACCAUGGAUACCCCAAGCAUCAGAGUCAAUAGUGACAAGGUCAGAAUUUCGUACUACAAGGACAACGGGAAAGGCGCCAUGGCCCAAGCACUCCUCCACCUCACCUGUGUAGAGAUCUCCUUGGAUGUUGACACAAGCCGUUCAGGAACUGUGAACAGGAAAGCUAAAAACAAGAGAAGGUGGACCUGGGGCCCGGAAGGCAAAGGAGCCGUCCUCUUGGUGAACUGUGACAAAGAUAACCUUGGAGCAAAGGACAUGGAUAACCAGGACAAGAAAGUGGAGUCGUAUGCAGACCUCAGGGACAUGUCGAUGAUGAUCCUGACCACUUGCGGGCCGGAAGACAUUUUUGACGACUACCAGCUGGUCCUUCAUGUUUCAGCCUCUGACCAUGACAAAGUGGGCGUCUUUCACGCCAAGGGGGGGAAGAAGCUGUGCCAAUACAAGCAUAUUCUGGGAUCAGGAAAGCUCUCCUACUUGGUAGAACAUGACGGGUUCCAAGAGAAAACGUUCUACGUGGAGGGGCUGGCCUUUCCGGAUGUCGACUUCUCAGGGUUCGUGUCCUUCCAUGUCACGCUGCUGGAGAACAUGUCUGAGGGGCUGCCGGCUGUUCCCAUUUCCAAUGACUCCGUGGUCUUCCGGAUGGCUCCGUGGAUAAUGACCCCCAAUACCCUGCAGCCAAUAACAGUUUACAUCUGCAGUAUUAAGUCCAAUGCUGACUUUGUAGCGGCUGUGAGCAAGCUCACCGUGAAGGCUGGUUGCAAACUGGUCAUCUGUCCGGAACAGGAAAAUCGUGGGGACCGCUGGAUCCAGGACGAGAUGGAGAUCGGCUACGUGCAAGCGCCCCAAAAAGGGUUUCCAGUGGUCUUUGACUCCCCUAGAAACGGGCUGCUGAAGGAUUUCCCAUUUAAAGGUGUUUUGGGCCCAGAUUUUGGGUACGUGAAACGAGAGCCUGCAAAUAAGAAGACGGUCUCCAGCUUGGACUCCUUUGGGAACCUCGAGGUCAGCCCUCCGGUGACCGUCAGGGGCAAGCAGUACCCCCUCGGGCGCAUCCUCAUCGGGAGCUACUUCCCCAGCUUUCAGGGUAACAACAUGGUCAAGGUCGUCCGGGACUUCCUUUAUGCCCAGAAAGUGCAGCUGCCCGUGGAACUGUACUCUGAUUGGCUGGUUGUGGGUCACGUGGAUGAGUUCCUGACGUUUGUCCCGGCUCCUGAUAGAAAGGGUUUCCGGCUGCUCCUGGCCAGCCCCGAUGCCUGCUACAAACUGCUGAAGGAGAAGGAGCAGGAGGGCUACGGAGACGCUGCCAUGUUUGAAGGAGUGAGGAAAAGCAAAGAAAUCUCAAUCAAAAAGAUUCUCUCUGACCAAGCGUUGAGAAACAGCAACAAUUAUUACCAGAAAUGCAUCGACUGGAACCGAGACAUCCUCAAAGAGGAGCUGGGACUGACCGAGGAAGACAUCAUAGACAUCCCCCAGCUCUUCAAGCGCAGUUCUCUUUCUGGCAAAGCGGUCGCCUACUUCCCUGACCUGGUGAACAUACUUGUUCUGGGGAAGUACCUGGGCAUCCCAAAACCAUUUGGACCCGUGAUUCAUGAACAGUGCUGCCUGGAAGAGGAGGUCCGUCGCCUGUUGGAGCCCCUGGGGUUGUCCUGCACCUUCAUAGAUGAUUUUGAGACCUACCAUGAAAACCUUGGCGAGAUCCACUGCGGCACCAACGUCCGCCGGAAGCCCUUCACCUUCAAGUGGUGGAAUGUCAUCCCAUGACUCAGGAAGGGAGCUGCAGACGUUGAAGUAGCUGCUGUGUAGCUUGCUGCUCUCUCGCGUAUUUGCUAAGGGGCCUCAGGGGCUCUCCCGUUAGUGGUACAUGAAGGUUGCUGAUCUGGGUCCCUUUUUGCCCUGAUGGGUCACACCGAACCCAUCAAAAACAAGCACAGACUCAGCCCUUUAGCUCACAGAAAUGAAACAGUUUGAGGAACAACAUCCACUGAGUGAAUCAGUGAUGAGGGGCGAUCCAAGCAAAAUAGGGUAGGACUCAUGGGGGGAGAGUGCUGCAGAGAAGGGUGUGUGGAAGGUGCCAUCACAUUGUAGCCAGCUUACAGCCCCUGCAAGAGACUUCCAAGGCAAGAGAGAAGCAGAGGUGGUUGGCCGUCUGCAGAGUCUUCCUUGGUGGUCUCCCUUCCAAGGACUGGCCCUGCUUAGCUUCUGAGCUGGGAUGAGUUUGGGCUCCACCGUGCCGCUUUCCCUUGAACCAGCAAACGGCUACAUGACCAUAAAGUUCAGCUCUGUCCCUUUAUCAUUCAGCCUCCCUUCUGGCUUCCAGUCCGUCUACUUAAAAACCAAAGCCUUCCACAUUCCAAAACAAGUUCUGAGUUUACUGGCCUGGAAAUGGAUCCAAAGAACUGCUCCAGAGAAAGAGGGAAUGAGAAUGGAGGGGGAAGGGGAGGAAGGGCAUGGCCACAGCCACUUGCCAUACCUUCUGUCCUUGUCUUUUGGGCCAGUGGAGGCUGGCCGCUGGAGGUAACUUUUCUACACUACGUUUCCCCCCAAUAAAACAGGAGUCUCGUGGCACCUUCAAGACUUACAACAUUUAUGCCACCACAAGCUUUCACAAUGAGUCAGAAGAACAUGUCUUCAGAUGCUCAGACUCACGAAAGCUCAUGCCAGAAUAAAUGCUAUUAUUAUUCCUCUUUAAGGUGCCCCUGAGCUCCUGCGCUGCUAAAACAAUUAGCACAGCUACCUCUCUGAAGUUCACCUUCUUUCUCCAAGGAACAGGACAGGAUGGAGUUUUCAUUUAUUUCAGUUCAAUGGCUGUGUUACCGGCUCAGUGUGGCCUGCUGGGGAGAAACCAGACCCAGAGUUCCAAAGGUGGUUCUGAGGCCCUCGUCUCCUCCCACCCCACCCAACUCUGGCCAUUUUAAAGGGCACAUCCCACCUUCUUUCACAUUCCCCUAAGAACCGAUAAGGGAGGUCCACAAACACAUUUCAUGCCCCGAUAGUUUCCCAGGCUUUAAAGCCAUUCACCUUCCCAGAGUUGGCAGUCGCUGUUCUGUGGGCCUCUUUGAAGAGCUCUUUAUUCUGCAGCGAGGCCAGCUGGGAGGACCAGGCCCAGACUCUGGGGGCUUGUGGGGUACGGUUCUACUCCCUGCCUCAGUCAGGUGCAGAUUGCUGGCCACUGCCUCAGGAUACAGAGGCUGGGUUGUGACCGGGGCUAUUGAGGUGGUUAGCUCACCCCUUGGCAGUCUGAGAGAUGAAAGUCUGACACUCAGAAUCUUUCACUUUUCAUCCACACACCACCAAUCUCCAAAGACCAAGGCCUAGGGCCAAAUCAGGUGCCCUGAAGGGGCCAGUCUAGGAAUCCAAGCACAGAGGUGAGGCUUGCCUGCCCCCCCCCCCCCGCCUGCCCCUAAAGGGUAUGACGCAAGAUCUCUGAGUGCCACAGGUGAAAAUUGUGCAUAUCCUUAAAAAAACAACAGGUGAUUUUGAAUUCUGUACCUCUUGUUUUUUUUAAAUCCAUAUUUUUGCUGACAAAUUCUCCCCUCCCUCAAUUGUUUUUUCAAGCUGUCUGAUUAAAGGUCUGAAGAAA